UGCCACACCUGCGCGCGGUACGCUGACAUAUAAUAAUAAUAAAAAAAAAAAGGUUUCCAAUCUACCUUAUGCCCCAAGUGCAAUGUCAAUACAUUUGUGUAAGUGCUCGUUGUGCUUAAAUAAAAGUCCAGCGUUGAGUGCAAGUUAUUAAUAUUCCCAGCCAGCUGUCAACAGCAUAACCAUAAUGAAUUUCUCAAGUGCUUGCUGAAAAAAAAAACAAAAAAUACAAAUAAAAUGAAUAAAUACAUGUGCCUGUGUGUGUGCUGCUGCCCAUUGGCAGCCCCAUGUUAUUAAGACGCGCAUAAAUCAGUGCGUGAGCCUCAGAAAACAUUGCAACUAAUCCUCAGCGCAAUUGACGAUACGUGCUUGUAAUGAUGACAGUCGAAGCUGCCUCACCUGUCAUCUGGCGCAUGCCGUUGCAUUAAGCCAAAGUCAAAGCCACCGCCCACAUACGAACACACACACACAUGACCGCAUCACGAGCGGCACACAGAACGUGACACAUGGCGAUGUACUUUUAUGCCAGUAAGAUAUCAGCCAUCGCCUGUGGCACGCGCUGCAAGCAGACAGUGCUGCAAAAAUCGCGUGGUCAGCGCGACAGAGAUAAAGCUGAACGCCAGCGCCAGCAGCAGCAGCAGCAGCAGCAGCAGCAACAACAACAGCGUCGUGACAGCGACGGCAUCGAAUCAUCAUCAGGCAUUUACUCUUUAGAAACUAACGCGCUAACUGCUGCAGAUCCAGCGCUGGCAAUGCGACUGCGGCGACGCCACAGCGCCGAACAGUUGAGUGUGCAGGACAUGAUGCAUUUAGAUGAGUUCGGGUUGGCUCACAUGCAACAGUCCCAGGAUAUUGUGCAAUACGAUGUGCCACGAAAUGCGCACAGACGCAGCCAAUGCGAUGUCAAUUUUGAGAGCUCGGUGCUUGGAUCCGGUGGCAUAAUGUAUAUAAAUGCUAAAAUUGUUUCCGGCCCACUGGAAUCAUUUACCGAAGUGCUCAUACCGCAGCAUGUUGCCGAUUUAGAUAAGGAAUUUCUGUUCUCAUUCUUGCUGUCAUCACGACUCUUUCUGCGGCCACAUGAGCUGCUGGGCCAGCUGCUGCAUGCGGUACCUGAUAGCGAACGCCUGGAGACUCUUGUUGCUCUGCUGGCCGAGUGGACGCAAAGAUUUCCCUAUGAUUAUCGUGAUGAGCGCAUGAUGAAUCAUGUUAAACAUAUCGUUGCCAGAUGCUCGAAUUCACAUUUAGAAACUAUAGUCUCCCAAGUACUAAGUGCCUUACUACAACGUUUGACUGAUUUAGAGGGACACGAGGCCGAUCUGCGUGCCUCUCAGUCCAAUAAUGACAACAAGCGCUUGGAAGCUCUAGCGAACCCAACGGCCACACAAUAUGCACAGAUCUUGUGCCGUCUGGAAAAGAAAUUGGCCAAGCAUGUGGGACCCGAGGAGUUUCUGCAGUGCAGCAGCAUGGUGCUGUUGGAUAAGCAGAAGAAGUGGGACCAACCUAGCGCUUCGGGCGGACCGCCAGGCGCACAGGAUCCAAAGAAGACUUGCAAUCUGGAAACCUAUCUGGACUGGUCGGCACGUCUGCGUCUCUUUGUCUGCAAUCAAAUACUGCAGUGCGUUGGCAUUGAGGAGCGCAGUCGAACCGUUGAGCUCUGGAGCGGCGUGGCUCAGUAUUGUCUGCUCGUAGGCAACUACAACAGUGCAACUGCCAUACUGGAAUCCUUGGAAUCGCCAGCUAUAGCCCGGCUUAAGAUUACGUGGAGUAAAUUGCAAGUGACAUGUCAACAAUUGGAUUGCAUGCAACGGCAUGCCGAAGGACAUGGACAUUUAUGGCAGCAGCAGGCAAUCGUCUUAAAUGAGCAGCAGCAAACUCUAAAGACUGAUAAGUCCGAUAAGCGCACAACGGAAAAGUUAUCAUCAUCAACAGCAGCAGCAGCAGCAACAUCCCCACUCAAUGCCAAAGUCAGCUUCAACUUGGAUGUGAAGCAUGCGACAAAUGCCAGUGGUGGGCGUCAAAUGGCCAUAACAGGCACUUCCGGUAUAAAUGCAAUGGACCCAGCACCUCAAUCGCCCGAAGCGAGCAGCAGCAACAGCACCAGCAACAGCAGCAGCAGUAUGAAGCAGUUGGCAACCAACGAUUGGGUUGUUAUUCCUGUCUAUGCGGAUAUUGUUAAAUUGGCGCUGGCCGAACGUGAAAAUUGUUUACAACGUUUGCCAAACGGCCAUAUCAAUAUAACAGCCUUCGAUCGAAUGGCUGCCAUUGUGGGCGCUUUUAGCAAGCACAUGCAGGCGAUGAAGCCAACGCAGGCGCCAACUAGCGGCGAGUUUGAAAACUUCUGCGCCCAUAUGCAGCGAGCUACAAAACUUGGCGAAGCGGAUCUAAUGAUGGCAUCGUUUGCCUGCGAGGAGCCCAACAAUGCCGAGAAGCUAAUGUACGAUUUAAAUUAAAUCAUGAAUUUAUCAAAAAAAAAAACAAA